AUGUCAAUUGCAAAUGAGGACGGUGCGGAAGACGUUCUCGGCGGUCUAAAUGCAGCCGUAAACGAAAUGCACUGCAUCGACACGUAUCACACUGUCUGUGCCUCCUUAAAUGACAUUACUAGAACCAUGGCUUUCGCUGACUCAAAUGAUGUGGAGAAUGUAAAAUUCACAUCACUUGGUUUAGAUUAUGAUCAAUUGAA